AAAUAAUUGUAUGUGUUUUACCACUACUUUCACAUUUUAAACAUUUGAGUGCGUAGGCCUACUUCGUGCGGAAACAGUCUACUUCAUGUAGACUUCAUGUCUCAAAUUGGUCUUCAAUAUUGUUUACAAAAUGACGGCUGAUUUUUCAAAGGGGAAGCACUCUUACGUCAUACAUAAGUAUUUUACCCUAUUGGUUUACACGCUUGGAGAUGCGGUCAUUUUUUUCAUGCCAACAUUACGAUGUAGGCUAAUCUGAUGAUUUUUCAUUAUAAUCGAUAACUUUUAUAUAUUAUUGGUUGGUUGUGAUAUAUUGAGGAGUUAAGAAAUUUAUUGCGUGACAUCAAUUUUGAUGAGCUGUCUAUAGAUCGUUUUUGAUUAGAGAAUUUUUCAUAUAAAACAAGUUGGUUUCGCGCUGUCAGUUUAUUAAAAAUAAAACAUUAUAACGGUUUCCAAAUAUCUGUAAAAAUCUUAACUUAGACGCGAUAAUUUUUUCCCGACAACAUCGGUAAUAUUUACUUCUUUGGAAAUGUAACAUCUUGUGGAAUUUCGAAUACGUCAUUAGGAAUUACCGUGCGUAACCCAUAAUGCACUGCGGUAAGCACGUUUUUCUCGCUAUUUGCGUGUUGCUGAAACUGAAGCAAGUAGCAUCACGGAUGAGAAAUGAAUCGUUUCUUGAUUAAAAUUGGCACAACAGGCCCUAAAAAAACUGACAAUGAGGGCAAGAAAAGAAAAAACAAAAACUGAAAGGGACCAUAUGAGCCAGACAAGAUCUCAGCGGGGACACAGGGAUGGGAAUAACGAGCCCAGGGUGGGGAAAACGCAGAGGGACCAAAGAAACGGAAUGUCUUCUUCGUCAGGUAACAGGUCAUCCUCACGGCCCUCUUACCCCAGGAGCUCUGUGAGGCACAGUCACCAGGAACAGCCCCAGAGGUCCAAGUGGACAUAUAUCUGCUCCAGGAGAGGUAUCGUGUUGAUGUGCACGGUGCUGACCAACAUCCUGGUGCUGAUCUGCGUCGUCGCGGCGAUGAUGGUGAUGUCGGGAAUGUCGGCUAUGGGGGGCCUGGCCGCCGGGAGCUUCAGCAUCAACACUGCAUACACCCCCUUCGAGGGCACCGAGCUGCAGCAGGUGCGCGACUUGGACAUGAAGUACAACCAGAUGCGAUCGCCGGGCGUCUACGGGGGCGUGGCCUUCAGCCUGACCCUCGGCGUGCUCUCGCUGCUCUUCGUGGUGUCCGGGAACCGGCCCGCCCACCUGCUGCCCCGUAAGCUGCUCCUCGGGAAGUUCGUCUUCCAGGUGGUGGGCGCCGUCGCCUAUGUGGUGGCGGUGGGCCUGUACCUGCACUUCGUCAUCCAGGUGAACGCCACCGACGUCUGCACGAUGCGCGAGCGCCUGUAUGCCCGGCAGGGCUACACCUGGAUGAACUGCAACGUAGGGGGCGGCGACGCUUCUGUGGCCCUGUUUGGCCUCAUCACAGCUGGCCUAUAUGCCGCGGGCGCCGUCCUGACUGGCAUAACCAUCCGGCACGUAAGGAAUUACCUCUCGCAUAUGGAUGACCGCGGGAGGUACAGCCAGGAGGAGACCUCCCACCAGCAGGAGGCCCCGUUGCGAUCUGACACGACAUUUGUGUGAAGGCUGCUUUCUGAACUUUUUAUUUUUAUAUCUUUGUACAUACAAGAACGGCAAAACCUCGCCUUUAUGCUAGUUAAUGCCUUUUUUUCCAUUUGGUUGAGCUGUUGGUUAAAUGAAUUUCACAGUUUAGAUCAUGUGAUUGGGUUGGUUCAUGAUUCCCUGUAACGUUUGUCGUGGUUAGACUAAAUGCGAACGAGCCAGUUCCUUAUACAGUUCAUUUUAUUUGUAGAAUUUAUCAGAGUAACUUAGUUUUGGAAUUUAAUGAGUUAUUUUUUACAGAAUGAGGUUAUUAAUAUUUGCUUAUUUGCAUAAUUACUGAUAAAACCAAAAUAGUGAAAUGUUUAUCUCUAUUCUUUCAAGGAGCAAAAAUAUUUUGAAGUACCCGUUUUACAAAUGUAUAUGGAUAUGUGACUAAAAAUGAUAUACCUUGAUUUGAUAUGACAUUAUUAUGGAAUUACCUCAAAUGAACAAAUGUUUUUCUUUUUUUGCUUGUAGAUUUAAUAAGAAAAGAUAACUUCCCUUGGUAUCAGUAAAGUUCAACUGAACAAACUGAUAUUAUUCUAGGUCUACCUCGAAUUAACAUGACAGGUUGACUCAAUAAGACUCAGUGGUGUUUCUGGUUCACACCAACAUAACUGAGCAUAAUUGUAGUGGUUAUGACCUGUAGUAACUGCACCGUGACUUAACACAAACUCAUCAGUACCCAUGUAACAAACAAAUCCAAAUCCUUCUGUACUGCAUUGUUAUAUUUUUAAGUGUAUUUUAAUCAGCAGCUCAGUAAAAGCAACACAGUUCCUUCAGAGGGACUGAGGGAGUCCCGACUGAAGGGGUUUCCAGGGUGAUGGGGUUCAGGGAGACCCCCCCCACUGCAGGGGCUAAUGUCACCAUUUUAUCGCUAUUUUAUUAUACUGUGAACCUUCAGCUUUUAAGAUUUUCCUCCUACUACAUCUUAAUAGUUAUCUGAACAUAUGUAUAACGAUUUAUUAAAGAGACUUUUUACUGAAA